AUGGCAACAACACCAACAACAACGAACGUCAACGUCGGCUUAAACUACGGUCUCCUCGGAGACAACCUCCCGUCUCCAUCCGAAGCCAUCAACCUAUACAAGUCAAUCGGCAUUACUAAAAUCAGAAUCUUCGACCCAAACAAAGAGGUUCUCAACGCUUUACGUGGUCACCACGAAAUCGAACUCACUGUAGGUGUCAAGGACCAAGACUUGGCUGCUCUUGCAGCCAGCGAAGAAGCUGUUAAGGGAUGGUUCACAACUAACAUUGAGCCUUACUUAGGUGACGUGAACAUCACGUUUAUUACUGUAGGUAACGAAGUCAUCCCUGGACCUAUCGGUCCUCAAGUCCUUCCCGUUAUAAUGUCUCUCACCAACCUCGUCAAGUCCAAGAGUCUUCCCAUCUCUGUCACCACUGUUGUAGCUAUGUCUAAUCUCGGACAGUCUUAUCCACCUUCUUCUGGAAUGUUUACUUCACAAGCACGUGAACAACUCGUACCAGUGCUAAAGUUCUUGUCUGAAACAAAAACACCAAUCCUCGUCAACAUCUACCCUUACUUCGCUUACGCGUCUAACCCCGUGAACAUAAGCAUCGACUAUGCAACCUUCAACGCCAAAACUGUAGUGGUGGAGGACGGGGCAAUGCAGUAUACAAACAUGUUUGACGCUAUUUUCGACGCGUUUGUAUGGGCAAUGGAGAAGGAAGGCGUGAAGGAUGUGUCUAUGGUGGUGUCGGAGACGGGAUGGCCUUCUGCUGGUAACGGGAACUUGACAACGCCGGAGAUAGCUGCUAUGUACAAUGGAAACUUUGUUAAGCAUGUGAGAAGCGGUAAAGGGACGCCUAAGAGGCCAAACUGUGGUAUCAGUGGGUUUAUUUUUGCGACUUUUAACGAGAAUGAGAAACCAGUUGGAACAGAACAGCACUUUGGGUUGUAUGAGCCUACUGAUUUGAAGCCUAUCUACAAGUUGUUUUGA